UUGAGUUGCAUGGACAAUAGAGCUGCAUAUCAAUAGGUGAUUUAAACUGUGUAACUGAGUGGAACUCAGGUGUUUGUUUAUUUUGAUAUCUUCUGCAGACUGGAAAAAUGUAUAUCAAAAUGCAGGUGGUAAAUGAUUCAGACUUAUGCAAUGGAAACGAUCAUAGUGACCAUUAAAAUGAGACAUGUUUUCUCCAUGAUAUUCAAUGGACCAUAUCAACAGUCACAAAAUGAUUAUACAUUUAAGUUAGGGGUAUGUCAUCAAGCAUUGACAUUAUGUUUUCAAACAAUGGAAUAUGCAAGAAGAUUAUUUAAUGUAUAAAUAAUAAAUUUGAUCCUCGUUUAAUAUGGAAUUUUGCAAACGUUUGUCAAAAAGCUUAGAUCUACUUGGAUACAGUCAAGAAAUGAUAAACUUCCGUAGAGAGAAGAAUAAACAGAUGGACGACAUACAAAAUAAGGUAUACCCCAUCCCUGUCAUUACAUCUGGUGGUAAAGCUGAAGGAACAGCUCUUUAUUUUGAAAGUGAUAUAGACCGUCUUUACUUUGUGGGCGGAAUAAAAUGUGUUGAGUCCGGCAGUCCCUGUUCAAGUCCCACUGUAUUUCAUCUCGAUAAAUAUAACUGUUCUCCAGGUUAUGCCAGAUUAAAACUUGGGCAUGAAAAUCAUAGCUUUGUACAAAACCAUCUAAAAUUAGAGAACGGAUAUGUUAAGAAUCAUUUAUAUGAUGUUUUCAACAACCAAAUGGUUGAUAUUAACGGAUUUAGAAUAACAAAUCAAGGUAAAAUUGGCCCAGCAGAACGGUACGGGAACGAUUACAUUAAUUAUGAUUUUGUUAUCGGGUUGGUUUGCAUCUGUCCCGAUUUAAUUGAAAAGUGGGUAAAACGAGAGAGGAAGCAUGGAUGGCCAGACCCUUAUCUAAUUAAACAAAUUUCUUCAUUAGAAGGACAUGCAGUGGCAGUUUCAAAUAAAGAUAGCAGCUAUCCACAAACAGAAUGGAGAAUAUGCUACACAAAAGCCGAAAUUAUGCUCGUACAUUCUUUCACAGAAUCUCAAACAAAGCUGUAUUUGCUCCUAAAGCUCAUGGCAAAGUCAGUUCUGAUACCUCUGUGUCCAGCAAUGACGUCUUACAUUAUGAAAAACAUAAUUUUCUGGGAAAUAGAAACAAACCCUGCGCUCGGGUUCUCACAAUCCUCUUUAAUUGAUAGGCUAAUAGAUGCAAUACUAUUUCUAAAACAAGCUCUCGAAUCUGGUUAUCUAGAGAGUUAUAUGAUAGCGGAAAGAAAUUUAUUUCAAGGACGUAUUACAGAAAAUGAACGACAAACACUGUUAAAAAAGCUGGAUGAACUUUUAAAUGAAAGAGAAAAUAUGUUCAAGCAUUGUAACAAAAUACACGAGUCCAUGUCAAAACUACACGAAUCCCCAGACAAAUAUUCAAAUGAUGCAGAAAAGCGUGAUUGUAUUGAAAAGUUGGUUCUGAAAAAAAAUGUUAUCUUCAAAAUGUCAGAAAAAAUUGUUCGUCCGGACGAACCAGCUAUACAGGAUCGUCUCAAACAAAACGAGGAAUAUAUGCAAUGUGUUGACGAAUUGUACAAACUAGUUAUUCCAGAUAAAAAAGAGCUUUUGAAAUCUGGACUCAACCUGGAGGAGGUUUACACACGAAGAUUGUCUAAAAUUCUUUCGUAGUAAGGCCUCUCUUCAAAACACACAUAUAUAUAUAUUUACAUCGUCUGAAAUAAUGCCAAACAUCUAUUUGCGUUUAUUAUUUCUGAUAUCGUGUCUACUCCUCUUUCCCUGUGUCUAGUGCCCUAGACCACUUGACAAACUAGGCUAUUUAUAAAUGUAGCUUUCGUUAGUUGGAUAAUGCCUUUCCUCGUCUAUUUUAUCUAUGUUUAUAACCCAGUACAUGAUGUAUAGUACCAAAUAGAUGGUAUACCUUGCAAAUCAGCUUUUUUAUCUGUCGUAAAGGAUGAUAAUUUUAAUUACAAUGUAGUCACAUCAAUUCUAAUUUUUGUAUACGUCUAAAUAUGUGACAACUUAACGAAAUACGUUUUCCAUGGGAUAACCUAUAUAUGGUUAU